AAUAUAAUAUGGACAUCACAUUGUCAUAUGGCUCCAUGUCCACGUCCUCUAACGUUCCUUUAUUAGCAGAGAACGUCUCUCUCUCUCUCUCUGUGACUGCAGAGCAUCUGUGAUACAGCGACGGGAGAUCAUCACUCAUAGAUGGGCUCCUAAAAUAAACCACAUGCUAAUAAUAGUGAAUGUGGCUGUAUUUAAUGAAGCUCAACAUGUGUUGUGUCUGUGUAUUUAUCAGCUGAUGUACUCAGACAGCAGCUCAUCACACAGUCAGCUGCUGGGACCUCCAGGUUCAUUCUGCCAGUGAACCAGAGCUCAAAAAAGAGUUUUAGCUCCAAAACAUGAACUUCAGCCGGUUCAAUCAGCCAACAAAUGAUAAUAUUACAAUCUUUAGAAGUAUUUCUACUGUAAAUGCAUCAUGAGUCAUUAAAUGAAUUAAAUGUGAGAUGAAAAGAGAUCAGAUUAAAGUGUUAGAACUGGUUAUAUUUAAAUGUUAUAUUAUCUGUAAUCACAGACUUUCUGCCUGUGGACUCUCUGGGACUGGCUGUGAAGUCGUGGCCUCAGCUCUGAAGUCCAACCCCUCCCAUCUGAGAGAGCUGGACCUGAGUAGAAACGACCUGGAGGAUUCAGGAGUGAAGCGGCUGUGUGCUGGACUGGAGAGUCCAAACUGCAGACUGGAGACUCUGAGACUGAGAUUCUGCGGUUUGUCAGGGAUCAGCUGUGCUUCUCUGGCCUCAGCGCUGAAGUCCAACCCCUCCCAUGUGAGAGAGCUGGACCUGAGAACCAACAAACUGCAGGAAUCAGACAUGAAGCUGCUGUGUGAUCUGAAGGAGAGUCCACACUGCAGACUGGAGACUCUGAGUUGGGAGGAGUGAUCUCUGACAGUGAUUCAGAUAGUGGAUCUGAUGAGACAUGAAGUCCAGUCCUCCCUGAGUCCCUCUGGAUCUGAUGAGACAUAAAGUCCAGUCCUCCCUGAGUCCCUCUGGAUCUGAUGAGACAUAAAGUCCAGUCCUCCCUGAGUCCCUCUGGAUCUGAUGAGACAUAAAGUCCAGUCCUCCCUGAGUCCCUCUGGAUCUGAUGAGACAUAAAGUCCAGUCCCCGUCCUCCCUGAGUCCCUCUGGAUCUGAUGAGACAUAAAGUCCAGUCCUCCCUGAGUCCCUCUGGAUCUGAUGAGACAUAAAGUCCAGUCCUCCCUGAGUCCCUCUGGAUCUGAGUACCAUCAGAGUCUCAGAUGACUCAGAGUCUCUGUCCUCCUACAGACACACUGAGACUCGUCCACGUCCGUCUGUAGUUUUAUUCUGCAGAUGAGUUCUGUUGAUGACAACAUGACAUCAACACAUGGAAAUAGACAUUUCUGCUUUGUUUAUGCGAUACAGCGCCACCCUGUGGAGUGACGGGGUGUUGCAGUUUUCUAAAUAAAAGAAGUUGAUCUUCCCUUGUUACUACCACUAUCAGCCGUUUCUCAUGUUAGAACAGAUACCAGAUAUUUGCUUUAACAACCAGAUCAUGUUUCAUGUUCUUGUCCUGUUCCUGAACACUGCUGACUUCAUGUUUGCUCUUUGUUUUAAGACUUUGUUUGUUUGUUUGUUUCUGCCUGUUGCUUGUGUUUUUAUUUGACACUGCAUAAUAGAGCGUUCAUAAUAUUAUUAAUCAAUUAAAGAAUGCAUUAUAAAUGAUAAUAAAGUGAUAAAUAAUACAUUAUAAAUGAUUAAUACAAAUCUAUUUUUUGCAUUGGCCUUGGUGUUUCACGCAUCAUGUAUCGUUAUUAUGUUAAUAUCAUUGUAAUUGUUUAUAUUUAGAUGAUAUCUGAUUUGUUCAACAAGGUGUAUUUCCACAGAGGGAAUAAAGAAUUGAAGUGAGUUUCAGGUGCUUGAGGCAGCAGAGAGCAGCAGAGAGCUGAAGGGAAACUAGAGAGUUUCUUUAUUAAACUGUGUGAUUCAUCUCAGCCUGUUGUUGACACAGUUGAAGCCUGAACAGUAAAGUGUGAAAUGCUGACCGUCUCAUCACACUGUGUACCAGUAAUAAGAGUCAAUUACAGCAAAGGAAUAUAUAUUAGUAUAGUUGGAGCAUUAUAAGGAGCUUCUUUAAGCAAAAGAAAACAGAAUACCAGGAAAAGUGAGACAUGUUUAGCACAUACGAGUACGGUCAAAGCAUCAACGCAGGAUCCACCAUUUUACUGAAUCAACUGUUUAUUGUUUUUAUUUUUAUUUUUUUACUACAGCUGGAUAUUGUUUCUUGUCCUAGUCCCUGUUUUUCUAUUGUAAAAAGUACAUCAUGCUCCCUCUUUCUUUGGACUAACGUUGUCAUUUUAUUGAUUCAAUGACAAUAAAAAGUUCAUCAAUAA